AACGUCACUUUCAUUUUUCAUUUCCCUCUCGUCGACAUCCUCGAAUCACCACCACUCUGAUCAUAAAAUCUUUUAACCAAAUAGGAAGAAGAAAGGUUUUAUAUCGGUUUUAGCGUAAACCGUACGAGUUCCGAUGGCCGAGUUGACUCAGGCCGAGGUGUACUCACCUCGGUCGUUACAAGUAUGGAGAGCGCUUUUGAACUGGUUGGCUUUUUUCUAUCAGAUCUUUGCUCAAAUCAUCAGAGCCGUCGGUCAAUAUCCUUUGCUUUCUUCUUCUUCGUCGUCGUCGAUCACUUCGACUUCAACGCACCGUUUUAAGCCCUUGCCUGUUGCUGACUCUACUCGAACCGAGUCUCGCGCUACGGUCGAGAUCGCUGCCGUUUUGGACUCACCUGAUGAAGACCGCAUCGAAAAACUCACGGUAGUUCUUGACUUGGAUGAAACUCUAGUAUGUGCAUACGAGACAUCUAGUCUGCCUCCUUCCCUUCGUAAUCAAGCAAUGGAUGCUGGAUUAAAGUGGUUUGAGCUGGAAUGUGUAUCUUCGGACAAGGAAUGUGAAGGAAAGCCUAAGAUCAAUUAUGUUACGGUGUUUGAGCGCCCAGGGUUGCAAGAUUUCCUAAAUCAACUAAGUGAAUUUGCUGAGCUUGUACUAUUUACUGCUGGCCUUGAAGGCUAUGCUAGACCACUUGUUGACAGAAUUGAUGCUGAAAACCGGUUUAGUCUUCGACUCUAUAGGCCUUCUACAGUUAGCACGGAGUACCGGGAGCAUGUGAAAGACCUCACCUGCAUAUCUAAGGAUUUAUGCCGAACUGUUAUUGUCGACAACAAUCCUUUCAGUUUCCUGUUGCAACCGGUAAAUGGGAUUCCAUGCAUUCCGUUUUCUGCUGGGCAGCCACAUGAUACACAGCUUCUCGGUGUCCUCCUUCCACUUCUCAAGCACCUUUCUCAGGAAAAAGAUGUGAGGCCAGUUCUUUAUGAUAGGUUCCGCAUGCCUGAAUGGUUUCAGAAACAGGGUAUCCCCUCUUCUUCUUGGUCACUGUAGGAAAAAUAUAGCAGGCAAUGCCUUGGGUUCUUCUGGGUACUUUUCGUGCAAGCCUCUUAUCUUCCAAAGGCAGCAUCUUAUCAUAGGAUUCAUGAUCUUUGUGUAUAACAUUUUAAUUCUAGAGGUGUCUAUGAAUGCCAUCAGAGACCUGCGAAAGGAUGAAUGUGAUGAUAUCACUUAUUUGAUUAGGUAAACCUUUUAUUGUAUUUAGAUGAAGAUCUGCCAAAAAAUUCUUGAUUCUUAGUGUAACUUUGUUUAUAAGCUUUGCGAUUCUGUUGGAUGUUUAUGCGUCUUUGGGAAUUUUGUAAAUGUGCUCUCAAUCAAUGAUUAUUUGCUGUUUACACAUUA